AUGGUUUUGAAACUACGCCGGCUGGCGGCAGACCACGCCGCUCUGCAUUCAAAGCUCCCGCCGUACUAUCUCUUGCAGCCGGAUGAUGGCCACUUCGCCGCAGCAGAUGACCUAUCGCAGGUGACCAUCCUGCUUACUGGCCCACCAGGAACUCCCUACUCAGAAGGCCUGUGGCGGUUACAAUUGAAGAUACCAGAGGAUUAUCCCAACAGUCCGCCCAAGGCGACAUUUCGGACCCGCAUAUGGCAUCCCAAUGUCGAAGAGAUGACAGGUGCGGUCUGUGUGGAUACACUGAAGAGAGACUGGCAGUCCAAAUUGACCCUUCGAGAUGUUUUAAUUACAAUCUCUUGUCUUCUCAUCAACCCCAAUCCAGACUCGGCUCUCAACUCCUCCGCAGGAAACUUGCUCCGCGAGGACUACAAUGUUUUCGCGCACCAGGCGAAACUGAUGACCUCCAUCCACGCUCCAAUCCAACCUGCCCUCCAAGACGCCGUUAACGAAGCAAAGCACCGUGGCGAAGAUCCCGGCACUAUGCACCGGGAACCAGAUACCCAGCACCAGCGCCCACGAAAACAACAGCGCAUCCAGACCGGCACAACCAUGAAAAACAAUCGACCUCCAUCCGAAUACAUCCCACACCCACCCCGCGACAUUGCUACCCACGCACAUCCAGUUCCCGAAGAUGACCCCAUGCAAAUGAGUGACGUCGACGACGAGAACGACGAUCUGGAAAGUGCAAGCAAGGAAAACAAUCCCUCUCUCUCCCCAACACCCGUCCGCCUUGCACCACCCUCAAGUCCCCGCAAGAAUGCUUUCGGGAAACGACCUCUGUCCGUCCUCUCACUGGCCUACCCCGAAGACCCAGACACAGAAAUGAUGCUAGUAGACUCGGAUUCCGAACCCGAAAACGGAACCGAUACACCUGCAACAAACAUGAGCUUCAGCUCCUCCGACAAAAAUAUCGCCGCCAAUACAUCCUCUUCCACAUUCUCUCGCUACGCACGUCACUCCCCCUCCAUGUCCCCACAGCGCAAAAACCCCAAACUCGCUCUGAGCAGAAGAGCUAAUACACCCACCCGUUUCCGCGAGGAUGUCCAGAUCUACGAGGACGUUCCGGAUCGCACGUUAACCGAUAUCUCCCGCCGAUUUGGCGGCGACGGGAAGGAGAACCGUGAUUCUGUUGUGCCUCGUGCCUUGAAGGAUAUUCGUGGUCUACAUGCUGAGAGGGCCGCACCCCCUGCAAACACCCAAGCAAUGCAAUCAGGUCACCCGCCGAACACUACGACGUCCUCGGUAUCAAAGCAAUCGCCGUCGAAGGUCUCGAAGAAAGUCCUCGGUCUACGGAAGGGAGCUAUGCCGAAGGUCAAGCCCCGGAUUGGCCUACGACGACUUUGA